AUGCAAACUAACCUAAUCGUGCUCGUCGCCUUUGCGGCUGUCGGCCAAGCUCGUUUCGGCCAGGAAGGCUCUGUUCAGAGCAUUAUCCAGGGCCUUAGUAACUUUGGCCCCCCAGGCGCGGCUGGUACCCUCGCUGGCCAAACUACGGGUGUCCUUCUUGCCGGUGCGAGCGCUUGCGCACAGCUUGAGCUCGCUGAUGAGAUUGUUGCCACGCUUGGCAACGAUCCCGAGGUCAUUGCUGGUGCGGCGGCCCUUGUCGCCGCGGAGAAGAACUUCAACCCCUUCGCCCAGGACGUCCCAGCGAUUUGUAACGACGCGAACCUCCCGGCCACCCCGGAGCUCCGGGGUAUUGUUCCCGCCAACGCGAAUUCUGCGCAGUCGCUGACAGCCCCUUUUGACGACGGCGGCCUUAGCGUUGCCGACCUCUCGAGGGCCCAGGGGUUCGAGAACUUCAACGACCAGGCUUGA